GCGCCUGAGCCUUUAAACCCCGCCCCUCAGGCCACGCCCACAUCAACCAUCACCAUGGCAACAGCGCGGCGCGUAUUAUAACCUCGCUUCAUUAGCAUAGAUUAGCAUAUGGAAAUAGGCGGGUUCACUACGUUUCCCAGCGUGCCCCGCGCGCCGAGGCCACGCCCACGGCCGUGACCUUGUCUGAGGGGAGGUGGGGGGGGCUCGGGGACACCCCCGAGUUUAUCGCGACAGAGGCGACAGCGACAGCGACAGCGGCGACAUGGCCGGGCUGGGGAUGGGAGCGGGGCUGCGGCUGCUGCGGCGGAUCCCGCCCGGAUUUGGGGGGUCCCGGCUGCAGAGCACGCAGGAAGCGCAGGCCGUGCUCCCCAAAACUGGGACCACCACGGCCACGGCAGCCCCCCCAAAAGCCCAGAGGAGCCUCGAGGAAUCGAAAUCCUUCGCUGUGGGGAUGUUUUUGGGGCGCCUCAACGCCGAGCAGGUGUUCCCCUACCCCUCAGUCCUGACCGAGGAACAAGAACAAACCCUGCGGGAGCUCGUGGGUCCCCUCAGCCGCUUCUUUGAGGAGGUGAACAACCCCUUCAAGAACGACGCCCUGGAGAAGGUGGAGGACGAGACCAUGAAAGGGUUAAAGGAGCUGGGGGCCUUCGGCCUCCAGGUGCCCCUGGAAUUUGGGGGGCUGGGGCUCAACAACACCCAGUACGCGCGGCUGGUGCAGAUCGUGGGGCAGCACGACCUGGGCGUGGGGAUCACGCUGGGCGCGCACCAGUCCAUCGGCUUCAAGGGGCUGCUGCUCUACGGGACCCCCCCCCAGAAGGAGAAGUACCUGCCCCGCCUGGCCACGGGGGAGUGGGUGGCGGCGUUCUGCCUGACGGAGCCGGGCAGCGGCUCCGACGCCGCCUCCAUCCGCACCCGCGCCACCCCCAGCCCCUGCGGCUCCUUCUGGACCCUGGACGGGGAGAAAAUCUGGAUCAGUAAUGGGGGCCUGGCCGAGCUGUUCACGGUGUUCGCGCAGACGCCGGUGAGGGACGAGCGGAGCGGGGAGAGCCGCGAGAGGAUCACCGCCUUCCUCGUCGAGAGGGGCUUCGGCGGCGUCACACACGGCCCCAGCGAGAAGAAGCUGGGCAUCCGCGCCUCCAACACGACGUCGCUGCACUUCGACUCCGUCCGUGUCCCGGCGCAGAACGUCCUCGGCGGCCUCGGCGGCGGCUUCAAGGUGGCCAUGAACAUCCUCAACAACGGCCGCUUCGGCAUGGCCGCGGCCAUGGCCGGCACCAUGAGGGGGCUGCUGCAGGCCGCGGUCGCCCACGCCUCCACCCGGACCCAAUUUGGGGCCAAAAUCCACAAAUUUGGGGCCAUCCAGGAGAAGCUGGCCCGGAUGGCGCUGCUGCACUACGUCACCGAGUCCAUGGCCUUCAUGAUCAGCGCCAACAUGGACCGAGGUGACCCCGACUUCCAGAUCGAGGCGGCCAUCAGCAAAAUCUUCGGCUCCGAGGCCGCCUGGGCCGUGGCCGACGAGUGCAUCCAGAUCAUGGGGGGGAUGGGCUUCAUGCAGGAGCAGGGCGUGGAGCGGGUGCUGCGGGAUUUGAGGAUUUUCCGCAUUUUCGAGGGAACCAACGACAUCCUCCGGCUCUUCGUGGCCCUGCAGGGCUUCCAGGGUCUGGGGGCGCAGCUCCGGGGGGUUCAGGCGGCGCUCAGGGACCCCCUGGGCAACGUCGGCGUCCUGACGGGGGAAGUGACGCGGCGGCUGCGCAGGAAAGCCGGGCUGGGCUCGGGGCUCUCCCUGCAGCACCUGGUGCACCCGGAGCUCAAGGACGGGGCCCAGCAGACCCAGCAGUGUCUGGAGCUCUUCGCCACGACGGCCGAGGCGCUGCUGCUCAAGCACGGCAAGAGAAUCGUGGAGGAGCAGUUCGCCCUGAAGCGCGUGGCCGACGCCGCCAUCGACGUCUACGCCAUGGCCGUGGUGCUGUCCCGGGCCUCGAGGUCGCUGAAUUCGGGGCUCCCCACGGCGCAGCACGAGCGGCUGCUCGCCCUCAGCUGGUGCCAGGAGGCCCACGAGCGCGUCCUGGCCUCGCUGCGGCCGCUCCCGAACAGAAACUUCCGGAACCUUCGGGACCUGUCGGGGGCCGUGGUGGAGAGCGGGGGGGUGGUGGUGCCCACCCCGCUGGGAUUCUGAGGGUCAAAAAACACCCAAAAACACCCCAAAAUACCCCAAAAACCACCCUAAAACACCCCAAAAAAACCCCUGGGUUUCUGACAGCAAAAACACCCAAAAUACCCCAAAAACACCCCAAAAACCACCCUAAAACACCCCCAAAACCCCCCCUGGGAUUCUGACAGCAGAAACACCCCAAAAUACCCCAAAAUACCCCAAAAAUACCCCAAAAAUACCCCAAAAACCACCCUAAAACACCCCUGGGCUUCUGACAACAAAACACCCCAAAAAUACCCCAAAAACCACCCUGACACACCCAAAAAACCCCCCUGAGAGCCCCAAACCCCCCUGGGCUUCUGAGGGUCAAAACCACCCCAAAAUACCCCAAAAAUACCCCAAAAAUACCCAAAAAUACCCCAAAAACCACCCUAAAACACCCCCAAAACCCCCCUGGGAUUCUGACAGCAAAAACACCCCAAAAAUACCCCAAAAUACCCCAAAAACCACCCUGAAACACCCCCAAAACACCCCUGGGAUUCUGACAGCAAAAACACCCUAAAAUACCCCAAAAACACCCCAAAAACCACCCUAAAACCACCCCAAUAAUCCCCGUGGGAUUCUGACAGCAGAAACACCCCAAAAACACCCCAAAAUACCCCAAAAACCACCCUGAAACACCCCAAAAACCACCCUGAGAACCCCAAACCCCCCUGGGCUUCUGAGGGUCAAAAAUGCCCCCAAAAAUAUCCCAAAUCCUCCCAAAAAAUCCAAAAUUCCACCAAAAACUUGGAGGAAAUUUUCCUUCAAUUUUGAAGGAAUUUUCCUUAAUUUUGAUGGAAUUUUCCUUCAUUUUUAUGAAAAUUUUCCUUAAUUUUUGAAGGAAUUUUCCAUCAAUUUUCAGGAAAUUUUUCAUCCAUUUUGAAGGAAUUUUCCUUCAAUUUGGUGAAAAUUUUCCUUAAUUUUUGAAGGAAUUUUCCCUCAAUUUUCAGGGAAUUUUCCUUCUAUUUUCAGGGAAUUUUCCUGAAAUUCUAAGGGAAUUUUCUUUUAAUUUUGAGGGAAUUUUCCUUCAAUUUUAAUGGAAUUUUCAGGGAAUUUUCCUGAUAUUUUGGGGGAUUUUCCCCCAUUUUCGGUGCCUUUCUCCCCCUCAUUUUGGGGCAAAUUUCCCAUUUUUUCCCCAUUCCCUUUUCCCUAAAUUUGGGGAAAAUCCCCCAAAAUUCCCGAAUUUUGUGCCUUAAGGAAUAAAAACCCUUUUCCCGC